CCUCGCUAUGAAAUUUUUUCGGGAUGCGGUUUUAUUUGCAAUAUUUGAAUUGGUUCUUUUUGCACCCGCGUCCGUAUAAAGAACAAAUAGCCAUCGCGAAAAACAUCGGAUUUUCCAGCUUUCGUCGUUUCUCUUAAUUUCGCGAUCGUCGUCGGGAGGAAAAAAAACACACGCACACACGUGUGCGACUGGUGUGUUGUACGUUCGGUAUUCAUCGCGAGCACGGUUGUCGUAAUUUCCAUCCCCUCCCGUUUUCGUGCCUUAAAAUCGCCGUCCAAAUUAGAGACAAUAAGAACGUUCUUUGUGAUCUUUUUUACCAGAUUUUUCGACGUUGCCUUAUACUGUUGUUUCGUUCUGUGUUUUCUUAACUCGUUUGCGACGGAGGAGCUUAUUUCCUCGCGCCGAUUACCGAUCCAACCACGAGAUUGCCUUAUUCAGAUCGUUUGUGUCCUUUUCCUAUUUCUCUCUUUCUCUCUCGACCCAGAUUGAACUCAGACCUCGGUUCCGUCCUUUUCUCGUGCCUUUUUACAUACACCUUCCCGAGAAUUUACCGCUCUUGUUGUUGUGAUCGAGCCUGUAACCUGCUCGCGAUCUCGAGGAAAACGAGAAGACACGCAUAAAGGAAGAAGAGCCCCACGCUGAUCCACGACCGAUAUUCUCGACGUAAAAAAAAAAAGUCUCUCUUUUUCUCUCUGUCUGUGCCGUAUCGCUUCGAAAACUCGCGCUGGAUGUCCACGAAACCGUCCGGGCGAGAAGAAAUCAUCCAUCGUGCGCGAUCGAGUGACAACACGAUGACACCGGCGCGUCAAGUGAUUCCGGAGGAUUUCGCGCACGUAGAAGAUCACCCCAGGCAAUCGCAAUGGCCACGCUAUCUUUGCGCAUCUCUAUACCGGAGAAAAAUGCCACGAAGAUGAUGCAGUUUGAUCCCAGCACGUCGGUGUAUGAUGCUUGUCGUAUCAUCAGAGAGAAACUUGCCGAAGCCACCAACAUGGGUCAACCGAAAGACUACGGAUUGUUUCUUGCCGAUGAGGACGUGAAGAAAGGAGUGUGGCUCGAGCCCGGACGUAAUCUCGACUAUUACAUUCUGAGGAACGGGGAUUUGCUUGAGUAUCGUCGUAAACUCCGUACGCUUCGUGUCCGCAUGCUGGACGGGACGUUGAAGACCAUGCUGGUGGACGACAGCCAGCCCGUGGCAAAUCUCAUGGUAGUGAUAUGCACGAAGAUAGGCAUCACGAAUCACGACGAGUAUUCUCUGGUGCGCGAGUUCGUGGACGAGGAGAACGAGAAUCAGAAACCUGGAAAUUUCGGCACUCUCACGUUGAAACGAAAGAAAGAAGAGAAAGGCGAGAGAGACGCCAAGAUGGAACAGUUGAGAAAGAAAUUGAAAACCGACGAUGAAGUAAACUGGAUAGAUCCAAGCAAGACUCUACGCGAACAAGGAAUCGACGAAUCCGAACCUGUUCUCUUGAGGAGGAAGUUUUUCUUUUCCGAUCAAAACAUCGACAGUCGCGAUCCCGUGCAAUUGUCGCUUCUGUACGUGCAAGCGCGAGACGCGAUUCUGGACGGCACGCAUCCAAUCACGCAGGAGAAGGCUUGCGUCUUCGCCGGCAUCCAGUGCCAAAUUCAAUUUGGCGAUCACAAGGAAGAAAAGCACAAACCGGGCUUUUUGGAUCUCAAAGAGUUUCUUCCACAAUCGUACGUGAAGGUGAAAGGGAUCGAGAAGAAAGUCUUCGCGGAGCAUAAAAAACACGUCGGGCUUUCGGAACUAGACGCCAAAGUCUUGUACACGAAGACCGCGCGGUCGUUGAGCACGUACGGCGUUACGUUCUUCUUGGUGAAAGAAAAGAUGAAGGGCAAAAAUCGUUUGGUGCCGCGUCUGCUCGGCGUGACGAAGGACUCGGUUCUCCGACUCGACGAGAAGACGAAGGAGAUCCUGAAGACGUGGCCGUUGACGACCGUGCGACGAUGGGGCGCCUCGCCCAACACCUUCACCCUCGACUUUGGCGACUACUCCGAUCAAUAUUACAGCGUGCAAACCACCGAGGCGGAGCAAAUCCUUCAACUGAUUGCGGGAUACAUUGACAUCAUUCUGAAGAAGCAGAAAGCGAAGGAUCACUUCGGUAUUGAGGGAGACGAGGGAUCGACCAUGGUCGAGGACAGCGUGUCGCCGCUCAAGGCCACCAUCAUGCAACACGAGACUAGCAAUGUCGGCAAAGGAAAUGUAGAAGCCGUCUCGGUCGCGAUACCAGCUGUCAUGAGAGCCGGAGGAGAUGGAGCUCGACCGUACGGAACUGGCCACAUAGGUGGUGCCCAAUACACGACCGUUAGCGGGCAAGUGAACAUCGCUCAUGCUGCACCUAUGGUCCAACAAACCAAGGUGACAUCCGUCCUAUCUGAACCGCAACGUGCCUUACUAUCAACUAUCACUGCUGGUCACGAGGUGAUUCAUAUUGCCGAAACCGAACUUUCUACAAAGGCUCAACUGCCCGAACUUGGUACAGAUCCAGCAUCUCUGAAAUGGAUCGAACAGACAAUCGACACCCACAAGCAAAACGUAGGCUCGCAGAUCGCGGCGAUGAACGCCGCGACCGCUCAGGUGGUCACAUUGACUUCCGGACCAGCCGAUGACGUCGAUCAUACCGCGGUGGGAGCCGCGAUUACUACGAUCGCUACGAAUUUACCGGAGAUGACGAAGGGCGUGCGAAUGAUAGCCGCUCUCAUGGACGACGAAUCGUCCGGUGAACGGUUGUUGGACGCCGCGAGAAAACUUUGUUCAGCGUUUUCGGACCUGCUGAAGGCUACCGAGCCAGAAACCAAAGAGCCUUUCUAUGUAACAUCUACACCCUACGAACAAUAUCCAAGGCAAAAUCUAUUGAAUGCUGCUUCGCGUGUGGGUGAAGCGUCGCAUCAAGUACUGACGACUAUUGGCGAGGAGGACGACUCGAAUCGCGAGCUGCAGGACAUGCUUCUCGCGCUUGCCAAGGCCGUGGCCAAUACUACCGCUGCUCUUGUGUUGAAAGCGAAGAACAUAGCUGCGACGUGCGAGGACUCCGCCACGCAGAACAGAGUCAUAUCAGCCGCGACACAGUGCGCGCUGGCCACGUCGCAGCUUGUAGCUUGUGCCAAAGUGGUAGCGCCAACUUUACACUCGCCUGCCUGCCAAACACAAUUAAUGAAUGCCGUCCGCGAGGUGACCAAAGCUGUGGAACGCUUGGUACAAGUCUGCAACGAGACGUGCAACGAUGAGAAUCUGUUGAAAGAACUGAGCCUUGCCGCUAGCGAAGUCAGUCGCACGUUGAACGAUCUUCUUAAUCAUAUCAAAACUGCCACUAGAGAACGCGCCAAAGAGUCUAUUCAAGAAGGCGCGGUGGAAACCAUUCUCGUUGCGACGGACAGAUUAUUCGCAAGCACCGGCGAUGCCGGUGAAAUGGUUCGACAAGCGCGAGUAGUCGGUCAGGCUACUGCGCAACUGAUCCAAAGCAUCAAAGGCGAGGCGGAAAGACAAACCGAUUCCGAACAGCAACAACGAUUGUUAGCCGCGGCGAAAAUGCUCGCUGAUGCUACCGCCAAGAUGGUCGAAGCAGCACGCCAGUGUGCUAGCAGUCCGCACGACGCCAAGAUGCAGGAUCAGCUGCGGCAAGCGGCUGAGGAAUUACGAGCUGCGACCACCGCGGCGGCUAUACCGGCAUUACGCAGAAAACUCAUCACGCGUUUGGAAGUGUGCGCUAAACAAGCCGCGUCCACGGCCACGCAAUGUAUCGCGGCGUCUUCCGGAGCCGCGCAUCAUAAUACUAACCCGGCUAGUCAAGAGGAAUUUAACAUGGAAUGCCGCACAAUGGCUCAACAUAUUCCGCAUCUGGUAUCGGGCGUGAAGGGCACGCAGGCACAGCCGGACAAUCCUACAGCACAAUUGAAUUUGAUAAACGCUUCCGAACAGUUCUUACAACCAGGCACGGCUGUGGUAAAGGCGGCCAGAGCCGUGUUACCCACGGUUACCGAUCAGGCAUCCGCCAUGCAACUCAACAACACAUCCCAGCAAUUGGGUUCUUCGUUGGCAGAUCUUCGAUCGGCGGUGACGCGUGCCAGAGAGGCCUGCGGCGGAUUGGAGCUCGAUGCCGCAGAGGAACUGAUCAAUAGCCUGAAGGACGAAUUGGGUGAGUUCUAUCGUGCUGUCGAAGCUGCUUCGUUGAGACCACUGCCGGAAGAAACCACGGAAUCCACCGCUCUUCGACUUGGGGCCACGUCAAAGAACGUUGGAUUCGCUAUGGCGCAGCUGUUGUCCGCUGCCAAGCAAGGCAACGAGAAUUACACUGGAAGCGCCGCCAGAGAAACCGCGUCGGCUUUGAAGGAUCUCACUUACGCUGUUCGCGGCGUGGCUGCGACCUCAAAUCAACCUGAGACGCAGAAGAAGGUUCUGAUGACGGCCGAAGACGUGAUUCUGCGAUCGUUGCAUUUGGUCAAGGAAGCGCGACGCGUAUUGAAGAAUCCCGAUGAUCUUGAAAACGAGGCCACUUUAGCCGCGGUAGCCAAAGACGUUUCGAACUCACUGAACAAAUGCGUUUCCUGUCUUCCCGGGCAAAGAGAUGUAGACGAGGCUUUACGCAACAUUGACGAUAUGGCUCAAGUGCUCAACAUGAACGAAUUCCCGCAAACGAACAAGAGUUAUGGACAACUGCAAAACGAUCUCAAUAACGCAGCCGCAAAUCUAAACGAUGCAUCCUCGAACGUAGUUUCAUCUGUACGUUCACCUGUGCAGCUGGCAAACUCGUCGAAGCAAUUCACCAACGCCUUCGGCGACUUGUUGGGCGUGGGCAUGGAAAUGGCUGGUCAAACGGCGAUCGAAACUCGCAGUCAGGUGGUGGUGUCCCUGAAAAACGUCACCAUGACAUCCGGCAAGUUACUUAUAACUGCCAAAUCGGUCGCGGCCGAUCCGACCGCGCCGAACGCGAAAAAUCAGCUCUCGGCUGCCGCGCGCGCGGUCACCGAUUCCAUCAAUUAUCUGGUGGAUGUGUGCACUUCAGCGGCGCCUGGACAAAACGAGUGCGACAACGCCAUCAGAAACAUCCAGUCGAUGCGAUCACUGCUAGAUAAUCCGAGCGAGCCGAUUUCCGACGCUUCGUACUUCGAGUGCUUAGAAACUGUCAUGGAGAAGAGCAAAAGUCUCGGUGACGGUAUGACCGGUAUCGCAAAUCACGCUAAGAAAUCGGAAUACGAACAAUUCUCAGUCGCGGUUCGCGGAGUUUCCUCAUCGAUCUGUGGUCUGAUUGAAGCGGCGGCUCAAGCGGCCUAUCUAGCGGGAGUGAGCGAUCCUACGUCAGUAGCAGGUAAACCAGGUUUGGUGGAUCAGGCGCAAUUUUUGCGAGCGGCACAGGCGAUUCAUAGCGGCUGUCAGAGUCUUGGCAAUCCCACCAGUACUCAGCAACAGGUGCUCUCGGCCGCAACUAUGAUCGCAAAACAUACCAGUGCGCUCUGCAAUGCUUGCAGAGUCGCUUCCAGCAAGACGAGUAAUCCGGUAGCCAAACGACACUUUGUUCAAUCGGCCAAGGACGUGGCCAAUUCGACAUCGUGCCUUGUUAAAGAGAUCAAAGCGCUCGAUCAGAAUUAUUCCGAUUUUAAUCGGGAGAAGUGCGCAGAAGCCACGAAACCGCUACUUGAGGCGGUCGACAAUCUCUGCACGUUCGCCAGCUCUCCUGAAUUUGCGAGUCAACCGGCUAAGAUAUCUAUCGCUGCCAGAGCCGCGCAGGAGCCGAUCACCAGCGCCGGUAAAUCCAUCAUCGAUGGUUCUUGCGCCAUGGUACAGGCGGCGAAGAGUCUUGCGGUCAGCCCGAAGGAUCCACCAACCUGGCAAUUGCUGGCCAAUCACAGCAAGAGUGUUAGCGACUCGAUUAAGUCGCUUGUGGCGUCGAUUCGCGAUAAAGCGCCUGGUCAGAAGGAAUGCGACGCCGCGAUUGAAAAAAUAUCGGCGCGAAUACGCGAACUUGACGCCGCUUCGCUGAGCGCGGUCUCGCAAGCGUUGCUACCGCGUCGUGAGAACACCGUGCAAGGAUUUACCGAUCAGAUGGAGAGCAGCGCGAGCGAGCUGCGCGAAAAACUGGAACCACUGCGCACUGCCGCGAAAUACGAGGCGGAGAACGUCGGUCAUGCCGUAAAUCAGAUCGCUCUUUAUUCGGAACCGCUUGUCUCGGGCGCGAUUGGCGCCGCGUCCAACAUGGUACAUUCAAAACAGCAAAUGGUGCUGCUGGAUCAAACGAAAACCGUUGCCGAGUCCGCGCUACAACUGAUCUACGUUACCAAGGAAUCCGGCGGUAACCCGAAGGCUGUCGCGCUUCAUUCCGAGGUCGAUGAAACUGUGGAGUCCACUAAGGACGCACUUCAGGAGUUACAGAAUACUCUCGAGACCAUAUCGACGUCCGCGGGUAUCGUCACUGGUCUGAUUGACACAAUUUCCCGCGCGAUGGUCAGACUGGAAGAUCAGCGGAUGUCCACUAUCGACACCGUGGAUUCGUAUGUCGAUUAUCAAACCAGGAUGGUCGAAGCCGCUAAGGAGAUUGCUCGAUUGGCACAAGAAAUGUCGACUAAGUCGAGCACCGACGUAGCUCGAUUGGGACCUUUAGCGGUCGAUAUAUCACACAAGUACACCCAACUCGCUCGCGACACCUCGGGUGCUUCCGCCGCGGCGUCUAACGCCGAUGUAUCCGCGAGACUUCGCACUGGCGUUCAGGAACUCGGCCGAGCAUGCGCGGACAUCGUGCGCGCCGCUGGCACCUGCCAGAUGUCACCCGGAGAUGUGUACGCUCAGCGGGAAGUCGCGGAGCACAGCAAGAUCGUGACCGAGAAGGUAUCGCAGGUGUUGGCCGCUUUGCAGGCGGGAUCGCGCGGCACUCAGGCGUGCAUCAACGCCGCCAGCACUGUUUCCGGUAUCAUUGGCGACCUCGACACCACCAUCAUGUUCGCGACCGCCGGCACGUUGCACGCCGAAAAUGAGGGCGACACGUUUGCCGAUCAUCGCGAGAACAUAUUGCAAACCGCCAAAGCCUUGGUAGAGGACACGAAGACCUUGGUGGCGGGAGCGGCAUCUUCGCAAGAGCAAUUGGCAGUCGCGGCACAAAACGCGGUAUCGACUAUCGUUCAGCUCGCCGAAGUGGUCAAGUACGGAGCGGCCAGUCUGGGCAGUCAGAAUCCAGAGGCCCAGGUGAUGCUGAUUAAUGCCGUCAAGGACGUCGCCUCCGCACUCGGUGAUCUCAUACAUGCCACGAAAGCAGCGAGCGGGAAGCCCAUCAACGACCCCAGUAUGUCACAUCUCAAGGAUUCCGCCAAGGUGAUGGUAACGAACGUGACGUCGCUGCUGAAGACUGUGAAAGCCGUCGAAGACGAACACACACGCGGAACCAGAGCGUUGGAGUCCACGAUCGAGGCGAUAGCUCAGGAAAUUCGUGCCCUCAACACCCCAGAGACCCAGAAAAGCAACGUGACGCCGGAAGAUCUUGUGCGCUGCACGAAAAGCAUCACCAUAUCGACGGCGAAGGCGGUCGCCGCCGGGAACAGUUGCAAGCAGGACGACAUAAUAGCCGCGGCCAACAUGGGCAGAAAAUCAAUCAGCGAUAUGUUGACCAUCUGUAAAGGCGCAGCUUACAACUGCGCCGAGACCGCCGAGCUGCGCGAUCGUACCCUACAGGCGGGUCACGACGUCGCCAUCAAUUAUCGCGAAUUGCUUCAGGCCAUUCUACAGAUCUCGACCAGAUCAGGCGACGCUAAACACACCUUGCCCGCGAUAUCGCGCAAGAUCGCGCAAAGCGUGACGGAGUUGGUGGCGGUGGCGGAACUGUUGAAAGGCAACGACUGGGUCGAUCCGGAUGAUCCGACAGUGAUCGCCGAGAACGAACUACUCGGAGCGGCCGCCAGUAUCGAUGCAGCCGCCAAAAAACUGGCCAGUUUAAGACCGAGAAGAAGUAUCCAGGAGGCCAAUGAAGACAUGAAUUUCGACGAGAUGAUUUUGGAAGCCGCUAAAUCGAUCGCUGCCGCUACCUCGGCAUUGAUAAAAGCCGCCAGUGCCGCCCAACGGGAACUCAUCGCCACCGGCAAGGUAUCACGCACGCCGUUGACUAGCUCCGACGACGGCCAAUGGUCCGAGGGCUUGAUUUCAGCUGCACGACUGGUGGCAGCCGCCACCCACAGCCUCGUGGAAUCCGCAAACGCUCUCGUUCAAGGAGUAAGCUCCGAGGAAAAGUUGAUUUCCAGCGCCAAGCAGGUUGCCAGCAGCACGGCGCAACUGUUGGUAGCUUGCAAGGUCAAAGCCGAUCCUGAUAGCGAAAGCACGAAACGUUUGCAGGCGGCCGGUAACGCCGUGAAACGCGCUACUGAUAAUCUCGUACGUGCUGCGCAACAGGCUAUCCAACAAGAGGAGGACAGAUCUUUGAUCCUAAACCGUCGCAUGGUGGGCGGUAUUGCGCAGGAAAUCGACGCACGUUCGGAGGUAUUGCGAAUUGAGCGCGAGCUGGAGGAAGCCCGAGGCAGGCUAACCGCUAUACGUUUAGCUAAAUACAAGAACAGACCGGACCUGGUCGAUGGAGACGGCGAUUUGUCAGCCGAACAGAGCAGUUACCAAAGUUACACAACUCGCUACGAAACGAAAGCGUACGAGCCGCAGAGCUCACCUGUACAGGCAAUGAAUCACACUCUGGAUCAGCUACAUUCCACCACGCAGCACAUCAGCCAUCAUUUCGCCGGUGGCGAUCGACAAAAUCUGGUUAGUCCGGAAAAAGUACACUCGACUCAAAGCACACUUGAGAGGAAGAUGAAGGACAGCCAGUAUCGAUCCGCUGUGGACAAUCAGUAUGGAUCCCUGGACAGAAAAUACAUCGUUGACAGUCAUCAGGAGAGAAGUCCGUACGUUGUCACCGAGAAGAAGAUUAUUACGGACAAUUCUCCCGCUCAAUACAGCUCGAUCGAGCGGAGAAUCAAUCAGGAAAAUUACAUAACUGAGAAAAAGGACGGACUUGCUUCGUAUCCGCCGCCUCAACACAUCAUGUAUUCGAUCAAAUCCCCGAUUGUGAAAGAACAAACGCUUGAAGAUACAAAGUUAUCGCAAGAUCAGUUGAAGUAUUCGACCGAUCGGUUCUCGAGCAUUAGCCCGAGCAUGAGCACGUUCCGUUCCGAGAAGCAAUUGGACACUCAACGAUUUGGCAGCAGCAUUCCGCAACAUCAGACGUUCAAGAAUAUCGAGAGCAAAACUAUCCCCGGUGGCAGAGUCGAGACUAUCACGACGAAAGUUUACUCAUCCACGCCCGGCAAAAGCAGCGGUUCGAAUUACGAGACCACCGAGGAGACCAAAGAGUACAAAACGUCCGGAAACGAAUUGUCCACGUUCAAGGGCUUCGACAACGACUCCGUCGAGGAACGCUCGACCAAACAGACGAUGCACAAAGUUACGGAGAAGAAGACUGUCACUAUGACCAUGUCGAGUCGGCAAGAAUCCAAUACCAAGACCUUUCGUUACGAAGAUAAAUAAUUAAAAACAAAAAAACAAAAAAAAAAAAAAAACAAUGAUAAAGAUCGAUCGCACGUGUACACAAUUAUAACGGUAAUUCUUUUUCAUCCAGAAGUAAUCUCAGAAAAAUAAUUCACUUAUAUACGUAAUUCGUAUCUAUAUAUAUAUAUAUAUAUAUAUGGGUACAAAUUAUUCUCUUACCUAUAUUAAAAAGGGGUAGGAAUGUAUCAAGGUCAGCGCUUACAUCGACAAACGAGUCUCCACUAACCGGUUUUUUUUAUCGAGAGAAAAUGCAUUAAAUGCAUUCCUCCAUCCCCGGAGGAAGACGGAGAGAGUAGACUACCAUCUGGGGCUGCUGUUUGCAACAGCACCGGAGAGCCUCUGUUUCGGAUCGGUAGCUUGACUUCACCACAUAGUCAAACUUAUCUACCGAGUUGAUGACAUCAGACACCAAAGAGAAGUUGCGAGACGUACUAGCUACUUGUUGUUCCACGCAAGUGGCAUCAAAAAGAUUGCAUUUUGUCGUCAAUUCAGUCCCUCAACGGAAAGAUCGGCGAGUGACGAAUGCUUCUCAGAAUUGCGUGCCACUUGGUGAAGAGAUCGAAGUUGCGCGAGUGUGAAACACGAACACGCCUGAAUUCUUCACAACCCUCGUUUUUGACCAAGCUACCAACUCCACGCGUUGUUAUUGGCACAGAGUCACGUCUUGUUUCUGUGCUGUUAUUCGCAUUUUAGAAAGAUUUUCACAAUUUUGGUCUCACGACUUUCCACUUGCGUCGUUCCAUCUGUCUGCACGUGUAAAGAAAUUUGUGUCCUUGCGAUUAUAUUUGUGUCGUAGCGUGUUUUGACGCUUCGGAAAAAAAAAAAGAAGAAGAUAACAGCGAGUCUUGUCUAGCAAAUGGUUAUCUAAUAGGAAGUGACCUUAGAGAUAGAUGGACACGCGUGUGUACUUCCAAUCUGCGGCAUUGAAUGUUUACAAAUAUUUCUUGAUCGCGGUAAGCAAUAAACAAUAAUAUGUAAUUAAUAACCGUUGAUUGUGAGUAUCGUAUAAAACGCGCUUUUUUUUUUUUUAUGAAAUAGGUUUCUAAU